GCCACCAGGGGGCGCAGGUUCCUGGUGUUCGCCUACUCCUUGGAGCAGCUCUCCAACACGCGCUCUCAUCUCGUGGAGGCCGCCCGCUUCGCCCAAGCCACCAACCGCACGCUCGUGCUUCCCAAGGGCAGUCGCAGCCGCCUCUCACUCGCCCGUGACCUGCCCCUCUGCGACUACUUCGACCUCUCUCGCCUCGAUGCCCACUGGAUCUCGCCCGAAUUCUUCCUGCACCUUGCUAGAGCCGCUGUCAACCCUCCCUUUGCUGCUGCUGCUGCUAAAGCCAGCCCUUCCGUGGCCUUUGUGCAUCUGCAGACCUCCCAAGUAUGGCGAAUGACCUUCAAUCAAGGGCCUCUGUCGGACAUGCUGAGUGAGCUGAUGGUGUAUGGCAUGGGCCAUGCACCCUCGAGACGCAACACUGUUGAUGUCACCACGCCAGUCAACAGCAAUGUACUUUUCCAGCAGUUGCAUCAGUGGCGGAACAGGGACGUGCUGGUGUGGGUGAAGACCACAUACGACCGAGUGGACUUCCACCUCCCCACAGACGACAUCUCCUUCAAGAUGCUUCCAUACAGCCAGACAUGGCACGCCAUGGCACAUCGAGCCAUGGCCCGCCUGCCCUCCCGGUACAUUGCGGUGCACUACCGCUCCGAGUUCAUUGCCUUCAACCUGGCGCACAAGCUAGUGGUAAGAGGCUUCAAGGUGGAGGCGGGCGUGCUGGAGGGGCUGAUGGCGGGGUGCAUGGAGGCGGCGCGCGACCUGAUCAACAGCAUGAAGCGCCGCCACAACAUCUCCGCCGUCUUCAUCGCCGCCGACGUGCCGUUUGACGGCAAGGCAGGCAGCGUGGUGCGGUCGGACUCGUGGAACGAGACCACGUGGAAGUUCCAAGGGGCGGAGAAAGAGAGGGCGCUGCAGGCCCCGCGGGAGAAGCUGCGGUGGCUGAGGGAGCAGGUGGCGGGCACAGUGAUGGUGGACGAGCUCAUGCCCUCUGUCAACCGCUACGACCCCGGUCUGUGCACUUUGAUUUCCCUCGCUGUGCCAUGCCAUCUCAACCCUCACGCACCUCUUCUUCCUCUCUUGCCAUCUACUCUCCCUUCCACCCUCUAUGCCGCCUGCCUUUCUAUGCUCUCCCAUGCGCUCCCUUCCGUACAAGCAGGCAUUGUUGCCAUAUUGGACAAGCUGCUGUGCGCGCAUGCCCACGUGUUCCUGGCUGGAUCCAUCACAUGUGGAGGAAGCCGCGGCUUUGAGCAGGACAUUACGCAACACAGGAGUCAAUUUAACAAGACCCUCCCCCAUAGAUGGGUCUCACAGACAGACAAGCUUCUAUGGCAGUCAAACGGCACCUCUGCGGGUGUAGGAUAA